GGGGUUGAUUUUGUGCUUUUGUGUUUUCCUUUUAUGUUUAUGCUAAUAGAAGUGUGUAUGCGUGUGCGGUAAGAUAUGGCGGUGUUCGGGACUUUACUCACAAUCAAAUUAGAAAUGACGGCAACAACGGAUCCUAUGGAAUCGCUUCUCUCCAACUUCGAUCAGAUCUACGAGGAUUUCAAGAGCAGUAUUGCGGAGAUAAAGUUGCUGAGGUCCAAUUGUAAUGGCGAAAUUAAGAAGAGAGAGGCUCUGGAAAUCACUUGUCACUCUCUUAAACAAGAAAAUGAGCGACUUACAAAACUUUACACUGUAUCUUUGAAUAAUCUGGCAGAUCAGCUUGAAUACCACAGUAAAUGCCAGAUCAUGAAAGAGGAGCACAAGAAAGUGAAUAAUGAACAUCGUACUAAAGAAGAUGAACUUAGGAGGGCCAUUGAUUCGCUUAAGGAAGAUUAUUCAAAAAAAAUCAAGGACUUAGAGUCUCAAAUUAGUGGUCUUUUACUUGAAAAAGCAACAAAUGAGGCAACACUAGACCACCUUCGCCAAGAUUUAGUUGCUCAUAAAACACAUAUGCAGACUCUAGCAACAAGGUUGGAUCAAGUGCACUUUGAUGUGGAGUCAAAAUAUAACCUUGAAAUUCAGGAUUUGAAGGAUUGUCUCCUGCUUGAACAGGAAGAGAAAAAUGAGCUGAACAAGAAACUCCAGGACUUGGAAAAGGAAUUGCUGAUUAGCAAAACAAAGCUGGUUGAGCAGCAACGAGAUUUGACUUCAAUUCGGAAUGUUGAAACACUAAAGCUGAAGUUAAUGAAACUAAGAAAGGAAAAUGAGAUCCUCAAAAGGAAGCUUCUUUCAUGAUAAGAAUGCUAGAGAAUUGGUAAGCUGUAGGUGAAUGAAUUUCAUCGCUUUUGCAUUAAUUCAACAUUAUGUCUCUGCAAUUGUCUGCAAUUAAAGCAUUGGGUGUUUGGAUUUUGUUAUACCUUUACUACAUACACACCACUAUACAAUGUGAAUAUGUGAUAUAUCUGCAUAUACCCUAAACUAUAUCAAUAAAAUGUAAAUGACAAGAUUGAUUGUCUUCAUGUACAGUGCUUGUUUCUUUUGAC